CGUUACAUCACAUCUGCCGUCUGCGACCCAAACGGCCAAACACACAUACACACGCGAAAAACACGGUUUAUUCGUUAUUGUGACGCCUGUAUCGAUUCGAUACCGGGCCCGUUACUCGUUAGUUUGUUGAGUUUUUUUCAGCUCUCAACUGAAAAUCGAAUAUUUUUGUUCGCUCGCUGUUUGCAAGCUACGUCAUUGCGUACCGCUGCUCGACUUGGACUGACAGUCACGUAUUAUCAUCAUCCUGGCUGCCCGUAGCAUUAACAAAAACCCAAUCGAAAUGGCGUCCGCGGCCGCCACUUCAUACAAUCAAAACCGCAGAGUGCCGCCUACAAUGCAAAUCCAAAAGGUAAUAUGCCAAGACUCUGUGGUAGUCUGAAUAAAAAAUAUAUUGUGUUUAUGUACCCCUUUAGAGAUUUUUCGUCGACAUUUCUAUCAUUACCGUCUUCCUAUGAUUUAUCGUCUUCGUCUAGGUAUCUACAUAAUUUUUUUGUAUGCUUCGGCACCUACCAUCCUCCCCCUCCCCUCCCCAGACCCCGUAGUAGUUUUGUGUGUCGAUAAUAUUGUAUAUUUUGUUUCGUUUUUGAUUUGCACACCCAAAGCCCUUAAGGGUGCGUACAUACUUGUGGUAAAAGGUUCAGUGAUGACAUAGUGGUUAACAAUAAAAUUUAGGUACUCAUGGUUUUUCAUGGCUCAAUUUAUCAUUAUCUAUUAGCAUAUUAUUAGCGAUUAUUCACAAUUGUUUUGAUAUAUGUUACAUUAUUAUGAUUUUUAUUAGACAGGGCUUUUGAUCUAAUUAGGCGUACUUACUACCUACUUAUAGUGGUUCUAGAACUACUUUUGGUAUGCAUAUUUGUCGCAAUCUGAAAUAACUUAAACUAACAAUUCAGCAUAAAAUAUGAUACGUAUAUAAUGCAUCAUUGUGCUUAUAAAUUGUUGGCUAGUCAAUAACUUUUGGUGAUUUUAAAAAAAUAUUAUGAAAUUUUACAACCUCAACAUUUUUCAUAACUUUACUUUCACAAUGCAGUUAAUCCAAUAUUGUUGUUAUAAUCUACUUGUAAUAAAUUAAUUAAGUAGAUAAGAUAUAAGUAGGUACUCAGUUGUGCAAAAUUCAUUGAUUUAUAUUUUUUUAUUUUAUACUUAAUUAACAGACUUAAGUACUUAUUUAAAUAUUAUAACUAUUCUAGUAGGUAAUGUAAAACAGUACUAAUUUUUGUCUGAGUAUAAUGUAAGGCAUUCAAUUACAUAGACAUUGUUUAUGUGUUUUAUAUUUGUAGAUUAGAUUGUAUCUGAGUCUUUUUAAAAGAAGAGCAUUUUAAUUUUACUUUCUACACGAGCAUAUAUUUCUGUUCUGGAAGUUUUUCUAAGCAUAAUCAUGUUUUUUGAAAAUAUGCUGAAAAUAAUGUGGCUAAUAUUAUGAUUUCACCCGAUUGAUUUGAUCAAAUAUUAUCAGCAUAGUUUUGCUCUGGGAAAAUCAUAUCUCUUGAAGGUUUAUGAUUUUGACAGAGAUUUUAGUUUAUUUGUAAAUUAAUAAUAUUGAUGUUUUAGAUACUGGAUGAAAAUGCACAACUGAUUUCAACAAUUCAAGAAUUUCAAAGCAAAGGAAAAGGUCAAGAUUGUGUACAGUAAGUUUUUUUUUUAUUAGCCACUAGUAUAUAACUAUGAUGUACAGUAAGUUACUGUUUAUUUUCUCAUUAUUGAUAUUGAUUAUAGAAUGUACACAUUUAAAAUGUCCUUUUACUGCCUUGAUAACCAGAAAUAAAAAUGUUUAAUCCUUAGAUAUUAAUACUAAUAAUAUUAUAAACAGAAAGUAUUUAUUUGUAUGUUUGUAAUGGAUAAGAUCAAAAACUACUUGAUCCAUUUUAAAUCUCCUUUUACUUAUAAAAGCUACAUUAUUAAGUAACAUGGGCUGUAUUUUAUUUUCAAAAAAUAUAAAGAUACCUAUAAAAAUUGCCAUAAUGUAAUCCAAGGUAUCAAAAAUAAACUACUGAAUAAUUUACUACAUGUUUUUAGUACUCAUGUUUAUUCAUGGGUUACCUUGGUGAUACAAGUGAUAAUUUGGUUGCCAAGGACAAUAAUAUUAUUAUUAUUACUAUUAUUUACACUAUUAUUUAGAUGAGUGUCUCACUACAGUAUAAUUUUUGGCCUUAUCACUUAAUAGUUAUAUCACAGGUUAUAUUAAAUGUAUACCAUAACUACAAUCAUAUAAUCAUAAUUGGUCAAUUCAUAAAUUAUAAAUUAAGUAUUAACAUUUAUUUGAAUAAUAUUAUACAUUAUAUUAUAUUAGGUAUGUAAAUUAAGUUCAGGUUUAAUAUAGUUCAGGAAUUCCCUGACUAUUUUAAUCAACUAAAAAGAAGAGCAGUCAUAAAAGGUUUUGAGAUUUGAGUAUUAUGACUGCUCUUCUUUUUUGUCGAAUAGAGCCAAAUCUGAAUUUAAUUUUUUUUUUUAUAUAACAUUUAUAUUUCAACUAUUGUAAAUUUGAUUUUUUCUCCUUCAUUUAUGAGUGCAAUAACUGAACUUAAUUUUUUUCUAUUUUGAUCAUUGAAUGUAUUUGUUGCACUUAGACCCAAACUAAUUUCUGCUUGAUUUUUAUUUUCAAACUUUAAUCAAUUAUUUUAGUGAUUUGUACAAGUUGUAUUCAUAUCAAUUUAGAUGUUCUGUUCUUAAAUAUUGGUUUCUUUAUGAAAAAUAUUGUCAUCCAAAUGUUUAUAUAAAUUUACGAGUAUCUAUAUGCUUACAAAUGUUUGCUUUGAUGACAUUAUCAAUACAAGAACAAUAGUCAACUUUCUCUCUUUUUUUUUUCAAUAAUUUCCUUUCUUGCUAUUCUGAUCAUAUUAUGAUCAAUGACAAUAAAAAUAUUGUCUUCUAUAUCCAUCACACAAUUUAGACAUUUCUCUAUCAAUAACAAAUAUUGAAAACCUUGUUCUUCUUUUCUUAUCUAUGUCUCAAAUUCUCUGAUUAAAAUAUUUAAUGAUUGUUAUUUGUAAAUAAUAAAUAAACAAAUUAGUAUUCACAUUUACUACCUUGGAUGCUUAGAAAUUCCAUUUUUCAUUCACGUUUUCAUUUAAUGUAUGUAUUUAAGAUAAAUUAAUAUUCAAUUUAGCAUAGGAAUAUAUGGGUUCUUUAAAUUUACUAUUGUGACAAAUUAUUCUACAUUAUUUCUUUUACCCUUCAUUGGUAUCGGUUUGAUGUAACUUUUUGAAAUGUGUAUCUUCCAAUUAAUAAUCAUAAAAAAAAAAAAAAAAACUAAAAAGGAAUCUCAAAUAAAAUAACCAAAGAAUUAUUAAGAAAAUACUAUAUAUUGAAAUAAAUAACACAGUCAAGAAAUGAUUUUCAGACUUUAUGGCCGUAUUGAUAUACUUUUUACAAACAGAUGUAAAAAUGCUUUGGAAAUUUUUGAACUUUAUUAUAGCAUACAAUAUAAUAUAUAUUAUAUAUAUUAUUAUAUUAUAUAUAAUUAUUAUAUAAUAUAUUUUAAAUUUGAUGCACUGAUAUCAUUCAAUCUAUGAUAACAGAUAUGAUAUAAAUUUAAUAUAACUAUUAAUUGAUAGCGCAUCCUAAAAUUAUGCUGUAAUGAAACAUUUGUUUUUUUUUGCAAUAGCAAAGCAGAGUCAACUUAUAUUACAAGGGUAUAUCUACUGUUGAAUGACUGCAAAAUGCCUAAAAAAGUAAAGUCUCAGCUUUCUAAACAUAGUUCCCCAGUGAGGGCAGCCAAGUUAUGUCUUAUUGGAGAAUCUUCAUCUGAAAAUGAAAAUCAAUAAUCAUUGAUAUAUGUAUCUCUUGAGCAGGGUUCACUAAUUAAUUUUUAUGGAGGUCUGUUUUGAAACUUACCAAAUUUUUAAACUCGUAAAAAAAAAAACUUUGUUCAAUAUCUACCAACAUGGCUAAAUCCACGUGGAAUAUACCCAUCAUAUAUAUAUAUAUAUAUAUAUGAAAAAACUAGUUAAUUUAAAUUAUAUUUAACAUUGUAAUUCUCAUUUUUUAAAUCAAACAUACCAUAAUGAAAAUCACAGCCUUAUCAGGUGUCAACUACAAGAAAAAGACAUACACUUUUAAACUUUUUAUUGGACUUUAUUUAAACUUUUAAUAAAAAUUAUAGCAAACACAGUUUAUGAUAUUUUAAACUUAAAAACACAAUUUUUUGUAAAAUGGAACAUAAUAAUGUUUUUUUUUUGACCAUAAUUUCCAUUGGAAGUUUAAGCUACAUUUUUUGUAAGUAACUUACAUCAAAUUUAAACACGCAAAAACACAUUUUGAAAAAAAAAAAAAAUUAUAAGUAAACCGGUAAAUAUUUAUGACUACUGUUUUCAUUAUGUAUACACAAUAUUUUUUAUCGAAAAUAUUGCUCUAAUCUAAAAAAUUUUAAUAAUUGAGUAAAACUGAAUAAUGUAAAAAUGUUAAGGGAAAAUUUACAAAAAUAAUUCUGUUAAUUAUUUUAAAUUUUGUUUUAACUAAACAGAAAUGUUUAAAAAUUUCACAGGAGGUACAUUAUAAGUCUUACUGAGUGAUAAAAAAAUAAAAUUAAGUAUUAUAUAGAAUGUUUUUUUUAUAAGUAUUAAAAUCAAAUUUUGAUGAAAAUCGUAAAUAUUUAAAAACACGUUUGUUCGAACUUUGCUCUGAAUUUUUUUUCGUUAGCAGUGGCUUAUCGUUGGUUACAAGAUAUCAAUUAAAAAACUUUAUGUAUCCCAACUAGCCACCUACAACAGUAUCAACAAUUUUUUUUUUUCAUUUGGGUUGAUUUAAAAAAAUUGUUUUCAUAUUUUUUCCUACAUUAUCUGUUCCACAAGAAACCUUUGAUGCCUGUAAAUAUAAAACAGUUAUCUUUUUAUAAUUCAAUGAUGUAUAGCAAUGCUAGUGUAGUAUACUUUCCUAAUUUAUAAUUAACAUAGUUUACUCCCAUCACAAGCACUAUCUAUUCAUUUACUGGACAUAUUAUAGUAUAGUCUGUAUAAUAUAGUUUCCUAAAUUAAAUGAUAACAUAUUUAAUUUUGUCCAGAUUUCAGCAAAUUCUUCAUCGAAACCUGGUUUACUUAGCAUCUGUGGCUGAUUCAAAUCAAAACAUUCAAUCAUUGCUACCGGUUUGUGCACAAUAACUAUUAUGAUUGUUCAGUAGAAUAUUGCUUUAUCACACUAAAUUUUAUAUUUAUAUAUUUUUUUUUUAUAUAGCCACCGAGUAUAGCUUUACAAGGUAUGCAAACACAAGGGCAACAUCAACAGUUACAUCAACAACAGCAACCCAUACCAGCAAUAAUGGGUGGACCAGAAGGUCCAAAUUCUCAGUCAAUGCAACAGUCUCAGCAGCAGUGCCCCCCUCAACAGGCCAUGAAUCAAGUGUUCACCCAGGGACAAGGACAGUUAAUGCCUUCUGGUGGAUAUCGUCCCCAACAAACUAUUGCUCCAAUGAGUAUGACAUUUCUAAAUUUAAUUAUUUUAUAUAACAUUCUUAAAUGAUAUAAUAUACUAUCUUGGUUUUCCAAUGAUAGUAUAAAACAAAAUAUACCUGAAAUUUAUAAUAAUGAAGUUCAUAAAAAAAUAAACUCACACUCUUUGGUUUGUGAUUUCCCCUCCAUUGGUAAUAAAUAAUAUAUUGUGUGCAAAUAAAAUAAUGUAAUAAAUUGACAAAAAGUCAUACCAUUACUAUUAGGUCAUAAAACAUAUUAUGGGUCUUUUAAAAACUAAUUAUCAAACUGAUUUACUGAUCAAACAUCACAGUACAUGGUUGUUUAUUGUUAUUCAAGUAUUAUUCCUUAUUAUUUUUAAAAUUAAUUAAAAAGAUUGAUCACAGUACCUUGUUUCUCCAGUACAAAAAUAUUUUAGAAACAAUAAAUACAUGUAAAAAUUGUUACAAAAUAGUUUUUAUAGGGUCCAGAUUGUGCUAAAGAGAAGGUAUUAUAGUUUUUAAUUGAUUGAAUGGUUUGAGAUUACCGAUAAAUAGUAUUGUAUAUUUUAUAUACUUUUUUGCUCAUGCACUUCAGUGGCAUAUUGCAAAUAUAAAUUGGAUAUUGAUCAUUAACCAAUAUAUUAGACAUAGUUCUAUAAUUUUUUUCAACAGUUGAAAAGCUUUUGCUUAUUUGCCAAAUACAUGGAUUUACCUGGAAAUCCUUAACAUUUUAUCAUUAUAUAAAACUUAUUAUUUUUAUUAUUAUCAUUUUUCUAUUUAUACAAUAUAUUUAUUAUUAUGGAUGGCUGGAAGAUAACCCUGAGUGGCGGGCCAGACCAGUACCAAAACUAAUAAUUAUAAAAAAAUAGCAUGUGUGAUUAUAUUGAUAAAGAACAAAUUAAUUUGUAUUGGUUUUGUUCAAUAUUUCAAUAAAAAUUAUUUAUUUUUAUUAUUAAUUUAUUUGUUCCACAGAAAAUGUUAUGGUUAAUUUUGUCAUUUUAUAAUUUUUAUCAAAUGAAAACAUCAAUUAUACAAUAUAAUUAAUAUUAUCAUCUCUUAUAAAUGUUCAACUAAGUAUUUUAAUUUCACUCCCCAAAACAAUACUGAACUAAAUGUUUAGUAAUGUGCAAAACAACUCACAUUUCAUUAGAGCUUAAUAAUCGUCAAUUGAAUAGAUUUCUUUUUGUUUCAAUAUAAAUAUAUAUUUAUUAUUAUGUUUUUCAGUAUUAUCAGUAGAAGUAUACGUACUCUAUAUGUAUUAAUUAAAAAAUUAUAAUACUGGGUGUGCAAUACCCACUGUAAUAUCUCCAGAGAUAAUAAAGAUAAUCAAAUUAUAUUUUAAUAUUUUUAAUAUAUAUAGCACAGUGAUAGGACCUCAAUUGAAAUUAAUUUUUUAUGCUUCUAUAAAUAAAUAACUUUUUAUUUUAUUUUUUUGAAAAAUUUGAAGUAUCUAUUUUUUGUUUUCAUUAAAUUUAUUAAUUUUUAAUAACUUUCAAGUUUAGAGAAAAAUAUCUACAAUUAUGCAGGAGGCUGUAAUGACAUUAUCUAAUUGAUUAUUAUUAUGAUUAGUUAUCUGUAAACUUUUUUUUUCUGAAUAUUAAAAAUUAUGAAUUUAAUGAAAAUAUCGUUGACAUAUCAAAAUUUUCAGAAGUCAAUUAAAUGGUUUUCUUCCAAAAAAAAAAAAAAAAAAAAUUAUAGUCCUUAUCCCAAUGAGCAAUAUAACAAAACCAGAUUUUAAUUAUCUUUAAUAGAUCUCCAGAGAUAUUAUAAUGGGUAUAUCUUUCAAAGACACUCUAUGUACCUUUUAUUAGAAAACUGAAAUUACUUUUAAAUUCUGGAAAAUAAAAUAAAAAAAUUCUAACUUGUUCUUAUAUUGUAGGACCGCCAGCUCAACAGUAUCGUCCAUCACCUCAAUAUCAAGGGCAACCAGCAUAUCCAAAUUUCGCUACUACACAAAGCAAUGCUGUGGGUUCUAGUCAAACUGGUCCUAGUGGUACUAAUGUUGGGUAUAACCAACCACCAAAUCCACCCUAUCAGGGAUAUGGACAUCCACAAACAGUGUCAAGUUCCAAUUACCAGAAUGCCAAUUAUGGAAAUCCUAACCCAGCAGCUAAUCAACAAUAUCAACCGAAUGGCCCAUAUGGUACUCCACCUGGGGGUAAUUAUCCUCAAAAUUCCGGUGCUUCUCAGCCACAGAAUUUUCCGCCAAACUAUCCUCCUGCCAAUUAUGUUCAGCCUGUAAGCUCGAGUAGCACUUAUGGACCAGGUUCAAAUCAACCCUCAUCAUACACUGGUUAUGGAAAUCCACCUCAGAAUACAUAUGCAUCAGCUCAAACAACAUCUGCACCAUCUGCAGCUACUCAGACUUAUUCUCCUCCUACCAAUCAGUCUGUUCCUAAUGCCGCUAUUGCUGUUAAUCAACAACCUGCACCCACAUCACAACCGACUUAUCCAACACCACAGCAACCAAACACUCAAUCAUACCAACCCCCUAACAAUGGACCUAACCAACAGCCCGGGCCUCCUCAAAAUUAUCCACCUCAGCAAUCUUAUCAACCUCCACCGCAAGGAUAUGCUCAAGGCUAUCAAGCUCCCGGACAACCUAGUGGAUAUCAGCCAUAUAGUCAAAGGCCUUUAGCUCCUCCAGCAAAUCAGUCUCCAUAUCCAGGAUAUCCAUAUCAACCUUCUCCAGUUUAAUAAUUCGUAAUUAAUUACUAUUUUUUAAACUUUUACUUAUGCAUAUAAAUUCUUGUAUCUUAAGCCCUUCUUAACAAUAUUUGGUUAACACUAAAAACAGAUUAAUUUGUUGUAAACCAACAAAAUUCACUCAUGGUUAGUGCUAAUGAACACUUUAUUAAUGGAUUAUUGUAAGAAACAGGCUUAGUUAGAUUUUAAUUUUUAAUUUUUUUGUAUGUACCUGUGUAAGGUAGGCACUUGCAGCAUGUAAAUAACUAUUAUGUAUACUCUUUUUUAGCAUUUAAUAUACUAUUUUAGUUUUUUUAUCCAUAUAAAAAUAAAUUUUAAUACUUAAUAUUAAAUUAAUAAAACAUAAUAGAUAAUAUAAUAAUUUAAUUGGGUUUAUUUAGUGUGGUUAAUCUUAAGUGUCAUUUAAUUAUAAAAUUAUUUUUUAAUAUUAAUCAUAUUUAAUUUUUUAAUUAUUAUUUAUAAGGAUGUUUAAAUCAUUUUCAAUUCAAUACAAUUCAUAGGACUAAACUAGCUUAAUGUUUAGUAGCUAUUUAGCGUUAUUUUAUAUACAUUAUAAUUAUUCAUAAGUACUUAAUUUAUCUAAAUAAAUAUUAGUACUACAAAAUGCCAUCUAUUUUAAAUUUAUUAUACUCAAAACAAAAUUGUAUUUUUGAGGUUUUGCUCAUAAUAAAUUUAUAAUUGACAUAACAGAAAAUACUCAUUAUCAGAAAAUAUUAACUUUUUUUUGAAAUUUGUUUUUUAGAUCAUUUAAGAAACAAGCAGCUCUAAAAUGUUAUAUUACCUUUAUUUUUUUUGCCACCUUUAAUACUACCCUAUUUUGUCUGUCAAAUUGAUCAUAUAAAAGUAUUAAUUUAAAUAUGUUUCGCUGUUGACAUUUUUAAUUAGUGUUUACUGUGAGAUAUUCCACACAAUUUUGAGUUGAAGAAGUAUCAUUUGUGUGGUGAUAUGCCAACAUUUGAUGGUGCUCCACUACUCUCCUCUUUUGCAAAAAAUGACAAAUUUCAAACCUAAUUAGAUAAUGAGUAUCUUAAAUUAUGUUGGUCACAUAGCAUAUGUCUAGUAGUAAACUAUAAAAUCAUCAGGACACAUUGAGCAGAUAUGGUUAAAAUUUACAAAUUGUUGAUUGAUUAAUUUUUUUGUAAAUUAUAUGUUAAGUAUUAUGGCUAUUAUUAUUUAUUUAUCUUUUGUGUAUAAGUUACAAUAUAAAUAGAUGCAAUUUUUAUAAAAAGAGUAUCCUGUAGCCAUACCAGUUUUGAUUUUUAAAUGAGAACCUACAUGUUUUAAUGCAAAUUGUGAUUUUUAUUAAAAUGUUUACAUAUUGUAAUAUAAUUUUGAAUAAAAAGUUAAUCUACUAUAAAUAAUAGGAACUAUUUCAUUGAAAUCUGUAUCAGUAUUUUCUUAUAUUAAAGAAUUAGUAAAAAAUUAACAUUUAAUUUUUCUUAUGCAUUGUAAUUGAUGUAAUAAUAAGUUUCC